AUGGGAAAACAGUCGAGUCCAAAACGGUUGACUUCGAUGGCUCUAUCAGCUUCGAAAUCAAUCGAUGUGAAAGCCCGUAAGCGUAUUGAAGAACUGUAUGAGUUAACUGAUGAAAUUAUCAAUGCGUACAACGAAAUUGAUGAGAAAUACAUCAAUCAAAUCUAUGGAAAAUAUAAACGACUGCAAGAUGUGAACAAGAAGUUGAAAGAACAACUGAAGCAACACCAUUGCGCGGGUUGUAAAUGUUCGUUUCGAGCGGAAAGUAACGCGGAAGUAGUAGACGGUGAUGAUGAAAGUGAAGAAUCGAAUGAUAAUGACGAAUACCGACCAAGAAAAAAAUACAGUUCAGCUGCAGCAACAACAGAUUCUACUAUCACACGAAGUAAAAAAGCAAAUAAUCCUUUCAUCAUAUCCGAUAUUGAAGAUACACAAAACUUCGAUGGGAACGAUAGUCGAUUCGCCAAAAAUGUAUCUAAUGACGAAGAAGGUGAUAUAUCUAUGGAUACAGCUGAAAAUCAAGCUAAAUCAACACCCACACAAAAUAACGAAGCCGAAGAUGCAAGUGAAGAAGAUAUGGCGGUGCUGUGGUCAUGGGCCGCUCAAAUUGAUGAGAAUAAUGAUGGUGAAAACGGGAUGUCUGGUUUGCCGCGAGCAUUACAAGAAGUUAUUCGACGAAAAGCUGAACGAAAUAUAAAAGAUAAGUCUUAUCUCUUACAGAUUCCACGUUAUCCAGCUUUAUGUGAAUUUCUUCGUGAUAAAUCUCGCACGUCAUUUGAUCAUCGGCCAACCGAAGCACAAGUUCGUCCAUUAAUUGCCAGUUGUUUCAGUCACCAUUUUGCUAGUGAUGCGAAGGCACGUAUGCGCGUUCGCGAUGACUUACGCGAAGUGCAUCGAUCAUAUAUGCGAACAUUCAUGCAAGACCCACGUGUUGUAGGAGCGAAAUCAUCUGCUCAGAAGGCGAAACACCUCGUUGUGAAGAAAAGUCCCACUUAG